UUGGUCAGGGGAUGGUGACGUCACUAACAGAAGGCGGGGCUAUUGUGGAGUUGUAAAAUCAGCCGGUGGUGGCGACGGCAACAUUGGCCAAACACUUUCGUUGGAAAUUGAAACUCGAUAGAAUUUUAUCUUUGCAUUUCUUAUUUUCUAACCGACAACAAUGGUUAUGUCCGGCAAGUCAACUCAACGGCUCGUUGGGAGCCUUUUGAACGUGCUGGAAGUCCACUCCAGCAAACUUUUUCGUGGGAAAGGAGGAAAAGCCAGACAUAUUUGUCCUGGUGGACUCCUGACGUUGAGGAGGGCCAGCCUGCCGCAGUGUUCUUCUUCCCCUAUUAACACCCCGUAUCGCAGCUUCAUCAACUUGGCCGUGCCCGUCCCACGUCGUAGAACAGAGUACGCCGAGAGCCGGACCUUAGGAUACACGCCUGAGCAGAUGUUUAACGUUGUUUCCAACGUGGAGCAAUACCAGCACUUUGUGCCCUGGUGUAAGAGUUCCCGGGUCAUCGGGGGCGAGGGCGGCGACCUCCGGGCCGAGCUGGAGGUUGGCUUCCCUCCCGUGGUGGAGCGCUACACUUCCCAUGUUACAUUUGUUCCUAACCACCAAGUCAGAGCCGUGUGUACAGACGGAUCCCUCUUCAACCAUCUUGAGACCAUCUGGAGGUUCGAGCCUGGACCUAAAGACGCAUCGCACUCCUGCAAAGUGCAUUUUCACGUGUCCUUUGAGUUCAAGUCGCUGCUUCAUUCUCGGCUAGCCGGGCUCUUCUUUGACGAGGUGGUCAAGCAGAUGGUCAGCGCUUUUGAGUUACGGGCGGUCGCGCUGUAUGGGCACCCGCGGGAGGCCGCCACGAGGAGACGCUCCACGUGAGAAGAUGUUCAAAGAUCUGCUUUCACAUAGGUUAUUUAUUUGUCACAUCUAAUUUAUUUGGACUUGUUUGUACACAAAUGUUUUCUGAUCAUUUACAUUUUUUAGUGACAAGUUUUUUUUGCCCAAUUAAAGAUAUA